AUGGCCGUCUGGUCUUUUUCUACUAGGGGUCGUCCACUGUCUGGUCCUAUUCUGUCUCCACCAGAGGUUGCCUGCGUACAGCUGUCUUCGUACAGUUGUCUGUUCCUGCUCCAACCCCAGCCAGUGGUCUGUGCUCCGCCCGAGCCAGCACUUGCCAAGCCACAUCCAGCCAUGCCUUCCACACCUGGUCUGGCAUCAAUGUCGCCGCCCAUGCCUGGUCUGGCACUGCUGGCUCCUGCUAAGUCUGCCAAAGCUGGUGUGGCACCACCUGCCACAGCUGGUCUGGUACUGCCGGUAUCGCCAGCGACUGCCACGCCUGGUCUGGCACUGCCGCCACCUGCCAAGCCUCCCCUGCCCGGUUGGGAAAUGCCAGUAUUCCAAGCCUGCCACACCUGGUCUGGCACCGCCUGCCAGGCCUGGCACGCCUACUCCAGCACCACCGGCACCUGCCACGCCUGGUCCGGCCCUGCCGGCACCUGCCAAGGCUCCCAAGGGUUUUGGUCUCUACAGUUGCCACCCGCCUGCCAAGCUGCUGGAGAAGUUCCAUCACCUCCGUCAGUCCUUUGA